CCUUACCGUUAAAGCAAGCAAUAAUUCAUAAAGAAUACACAAAUCAUUUUAAAAAGUUAGGUGUGUGCCCUCGCUUUUUGAAGCUGCAGACAUUCGUCUCGACUGUCCGUUCCUCACCCAAUUAGGCUGUCACCGUUAUUACAUAUAUCUACACAAUACAUACAAGCAUACCAUGGAAACAUUCCGUCCAUUAGAAAUAUAAGUUUUAUGUCAAAUGUUUAUCAAAAGUUGUAAAACACAACUUCCACAUCUCGUUGAUAAGACGCGAUAACACUAGCAGCUAUCAUUGUUUCCGAGCAUUUCAAUACAUUGUUUUUUGUACGUUGAUGUGAAAAUAAUAAACACUUUUCACAAACUGUAGAUUCAUUAAGAUCUGGAAGGACAAGUCAGCGUGGAUAAGACCAAUUGAUACUUAAUUAUAAGAUACAAAUUUGCGUACAACUUGACCAUGCUAGCUACUUUAUUGCUUUACUAGUACUAGAACACACCGGUGCAUAUAAAUAUCAGUCAUUUGGCAACUAAUUAGAGUCCAUAUUCAGAACAGAUUAAUAAGAUUAUAUAGAACGAACAUUGCCAUACAAACAUUUUGCGCUCAUACGAUAGUAACUCAAUCUACUGUGAAAUAGCAGAACGCCUAAAAUAAGAUCAAGGGGGCCCUUUUCCAUGUACGGGGACAAAUUUGUUUUUACAAUUACAGGCUUUCUAACCUUAAGACAAUAGUAUAAGACGAAAUUGAUGAAUAUUAUCGUAUGAACGACAUCAAGCGAUAGAUUGCCAACAAUAACAUAUUGCGUAUUACUUCCGUAAUAUUGUAAUGUUCUUUGACAUACUGUGUCGACUAUUGACGUAUGUUGUGUCCCAACAAAACAGAAUGAGGGCAGCGUGAUUAAAGGUCAAACACAUAAACACAAACACUUCUUGGUCACAAAGUCAUUUUAAGAAAAAAAAUAUUGACGUGUCAAAUAUAAACACAAAUCAAAACAGAUUUCAAAGAAUAAUGUAGAAACAAAGCUUCUACAUUAUAUUAUAAUUCUUUUUGUUCUACAUAAUUAGUUUUUGGAAUUACAUAUUGCAAAAUAACACGCAAGUACUCAUAAUAUAAGAUAUUUUCCUCAAACUUGCAUUUCAGAAUGCUAAACAUUUUUAUUGCAAAUUCAAAAAAUAACAAGAAAGGAUUUUGAAGUGAAUAAGGUAACUUCUCGUCUCUACCAAAUAUUACAUCACAGAAUCUUAGUAAAAACCAAUUCAAUACCUAUUCUCAUAGACUAUCCUCUACAUCAAGGUACUACGUUCUUUGAUUCGUGAUUACAAUAAACUAAUAGACAUCGAUAUAUAUGUACUUAGAGAUAAACGUCGCGUACAUAGAUUUCAAAUAAUCGAUAACAAUCAGCUUAUCAAUAUCUCCAGUGCUCAGCUGUUUCGUAAAGAUGUUGCAACACUACUAUUGGCCGAUAAAUAGUUUAUAAAAUAACCCACUCUGCAUUCUAGUUGCAACGAGGCAAAAAGUAAUGACUUUAUAAAAAUUUAAACUAACUUUAACAUUAUUGUGCAAACGAAACCGGACACGGCGCGUUGUAUAUCAAAUUUCAAUUCGACUGAAUACACCUUUUGCGAUAUCAAUAUUGUCAUCGUAAUCUCUACGAACUUUAAAAUCGUGUAAAACUUUGAUUAUGUGGACAGUGAUAUACUUGCUGCCGAUGACGAUGCAUGCCAUGGCUCAAAUUGAUUACGAGAGUGUGAAAAAUACGCGCGAUGAACUCCUCAGGCAAGAACUUGGUAUGAUGCUAGGCCACGAUAUAGUGCUAAGUGACAGUGAAUUAAAAGCCAACGAAGUUAUAAUGGGUCUGAAAUAUGCUGAGUUAGACCACGCGUUCCGUCAGCCGCAGUUGUUCAAUUUAAGUAAACAUUUCUUCGAAUAUAAGGAUGAAGUGAAAAGUACAAAACUGUUUAAACUAAUACAAAAGAUGCCAAAGGGAGCAGUCCUUCAUGCUCACGACACAGGACUUCUCAGCCCUGAUUAUAUAGUACAGCUGACUUAUUUAGAUAAUCUCUAUGUUUCUUUUGAUAAAGGUGAUGUAAACUUUAUGUUUGCUAAAGAAUCGCCUAUUACUUCUAAUGGUAAAAAGUGGCAAUUGAUGAAAAAUGCAAGGCAAAGUUCGGGUGAUAUUGAAAAAUUUGAUACAGAAUUAAGAAAACAUUUUACUAUAGUGAUAGACAAUCCAAGUGAAGUGUACACAGACGUGAAUUCAGUUUGGAAAUAUUUUCAACAGUUUUUUAUAACAACUGGACCGCUUAUGACUUAUAAACCUGUAUGGGAAAAGUAUUUCUAUGAUACUCUGAAGGCUCUUAGAGAUGACAACAUAAUGUAUAUCGAAAUAAGAAGCAUUCUACCUGAGUUGUACGGCUUAGAUGGCGAAAUCUACGAUGCGGUUGCAACAGCGCAUUGUUAUAAAAAAGUAGUUGAUCAGUUUAUGGUUGACUACCCUGAUUUCUUUGGCGCUAAAUUAAUAUACGCCCCACUAAGACUUGUUGACGUUAACACACUAAAAGAAUACAUUAAAAUUGCAAAAGAACUGAAGAAACAACUACCGGAUUUCCUAGCAGGAUUUGAUUUAGUAGGACAGGAAGACUUAGGAGUGCCUACCAAGGACUUUUUACCUGAACUGACAGAAGCUAGUAAGGACCUGGACUACUUCUUCCACGCCGGAGAAACCAACUGGUAUGGAACGAGCUCUGAUGAGAAUUUAGUAGAUGCUAUAGUUUUGAACACGAAACGUAUAGGCCACGCCUUCGCUAUAAACAAGCAUCCUUUACUCUUAAAUGAAAUUAAAAAAAGAGGUAUAGCUUUAGAAGUUAAUGUGGUUUCAAAUAUUGUUCUUAAGUUAGUAGAUGACGUCAGGAAUCAUCCGCUAGCGUCGUUCUUAGCUCAAGAUUUGCCUGUAGUACUAUCGUCAGAUGACCCUGGGGUAUGGGAAGCAGAACCAUUAUCUCAUGAUUUCUAUGUAGCAUUUCUUGGGGCAGCAAGUCGGCAUGCUGACUUAAAAUUAUUGAAGAAGUUGGCGCUAAACUCUCUGUAUUAUAGCACUUAUGAUAAUAAAGACAAGUUAGUGCAUGAAUUUGAAAUUCGUUGGACGAAGUUCAUAGAUGAAGUGGUCAGGAAACAAUGAUGAAGUUGAAUCUCAUUCACAACUUAAUUUUAUCAUCUUACUAGAUCAGAGAUGGUACAUCGAUAUUAAAAUUUUAUUGUAAAACUUUCUACUUACCAGUUAGAUAAUUUAUAUUUCAUUAUAAUAAUACAUCUCCAAUUAUAUAACAAAUAGUUAGGUUUCAAUGACUUAUAAUUUCAAUAGAGUCUUGUUAAGCAAUUGAUUAAAUAUGCAGCCGUUAAUUAAAUAUGUUUUCGACUAACACACGACGGAUAUUGUGUUUAAUUAUAUUCUUUGUAGUUAAGGAUAAAAUGAACGUCCAAGUUAGCAUAAAUUUAAUUUUAGCUACACAAACGAAUUUUACUUAAAGCAGUUGUAAGAUAUUAAGCAGCACAAAUAAUAUUGUGAAGAAUGUAAAAUAGUAGGUAUAUAUACUUAUUUAAUUUGUUUACUAUGUUAUAUUUUUUUAUCAUGUUUCAAAAUAUGUUGUACAUACUUACCAAAAUGUCUUAUAUAUCUAGUAUUAUAAGAAACCCACCUAUAUUUUUGAAAAAUAUAACAACUAAAAAGUAAAAAGUUAGUU